AUGGCUUCCAAUCUUCGUCUCAUCGUCCUCCUCCUACUUGUGUCCCUCUCUGUGACUGUGACUUCCGUAUCUUCUAUUGCUCCGAGUCCGACUGAUCAAGCCAUGUUCGAUAAUGGAACUCCAUUGAACGGUUUUGUCCUAAUCGCAAUCAAAGUUGUUGGGCUGAUCGUCAUCGUUUGUAUAUUCCAUGGUGCUAUGUAUUGCAAAAUAAGAAAGGCUUUUCGUGGACAAGGUCGUAAAUUAACUUAA